CAGCAAGCCCGUAUAACUGAACUUCAAGAGGAGGUGUCCAGACUGCGACUAAGUCGUGCAGGACAACCUCGUGAUUUCACCGACAAAAGCAUUACAAGUCACGAGAUGGUCACCCUCCGUAUGAAAAUGGAGAGGUCAGAAGUUGAGCUGAGUGAAAGAAAGGCUGAGCUUGCCCAAUGUCAGACAAGAAUGAGGCAUGCAGAAGAGCAGGCAGCUGAUCUACGGCAACAUGUACAGCUGCUGAAGGAGCAAAUUACUAAUCGUGAACAGCAACAUACACUCUUACAGGGCGACGUCGACGCUUUGAGACAAAAGCUAGAGGGUAAAAAUCAACAAAUGGAGCAACGUGAUCAACGAAUAGAGCGCCUCGAGAAGGAAUUAGCAGCCGCAAAAGGAGAAGUGAUCGAGAAAAAUGAACAAAUCCAACAGUCUGAUCACAGAACAUCUCAGAUGAUGGGGCGUAUUGAUGGCUUGGAAACGUCUCUGAGAGAUAAAGAGGCUGAGUUGGACAAGGCUAAGAUUCGUCUACUCAGUCAUCCUGAUGUAAUUAAAGAAAAGGAGAUGAAGGACAAGAUCGAAUCAAUGACACUGGAAAAGAAACGUCUGCAAGAUCACAUCGAUCAGUUAAGAAGGAACUCUGAAAAAGAGCGUUUGGAGCAGCAAGAGACCUAUCAGGCUGAGUUACGACAACUAAGGUGCAACGUAGAAAAUUUGCAAAAAGAACUUGCUGAUCGUGAUGUUUUAUUGGAGUCGCAGAAUGAGAAGAUCGGUGAUAUGGAUCGUGAACUUGCCACCUCUAAGCAACGGCUACAGACAGCAAUAACAGAUAAGGGUGCUGAAGAGCUUCAUCGCGAGGUAGAAUCAGCCCGAGGGGAAAUAGACAAAUUACUGAAAAUAGUUCGCCAGCUGGAGAAAGAGAAUACACAACUCAGUUCACAGUGCAAGCAGUUGCAAAACGCAAUUGAUCGAGGUGGAACUGAAGCAAGCAGUGGUACCUUGACUAAGGUAAGAAUCGAGGAACUGGAAGAAGCACUGAGGGAAUCAGUAAGCAUCACAGCUGAACGAGAAGUUCACCUUUCCCAGCAGAAGCACAUUCUUCAUCAAGUGAACCAACAGUUGAGUGACGCUCGACGUGAAAACGCAGAAUUGAGAAAGCGAGUAGCAGAGGGAAGCACGGGUGACCGCGAACAGUUGAUGAGAGCACUCGAAGCCGAACGGCGACAACACAUCGAGCAACUGUUACAGCUGAAACAAGAAGCUCUUAUGGCUGCCAUCGCAGAAAAGGACGCGCAUUUGGCCCUUUUGGAAAAGUCUCGCGCACCUCGUGAAGAGAUCGACACAGUUCGUAGGCACAAAGAUUCCCUGAUGCGGAAAUUGAAGCAGGAGAACGAACGGUAUGUUUAUGUUUUAGUUUUGCAAAAAAGUGAUGUGAUGGCUAUGUCUGGAGAGCUUGAUGACGCCGAAGGAAUUUGGGCAUAA